AUGAAAAUUAAAAGACACGCCGAACAUAUAUCUGAUGAUUCUGGGCAAACUUUCUUCGAAGUGUUCUAAAAAGCCAUUUCCAAAUACGAAGUUGAGAACCAAAAGUCAUUUCCCAAGCAAGAUAGCGAUCGAUUCACUCUAUACGAGGAUUUGAAGUUAAUCUUAGAACUAUCUAAAAUCAACUAGAUUGAGCCAUCACAUUUUGAUAGAAUAGCAGCUCUACUCAAAAGGUCUAAGGCAGUCUUGAGGAGAAGAUAUCAAGAGUAUUUGAAAAAUGUAAAUCAAGAGGACUUAUAAGUGAUAUUUUCCUAUCUACAACAUUAUGGUGCCUAUGGAUACCUUAUUUUUUCUCUUGAGAAUGGAUCGUAGAGACUAUAAGACAUAGAGCCUUUAAAACAAAAUGAAACUCCGAUUAAGACCCCAAUUCAAACUCCAAUCAAAUAAGUAACUAAGUAAGCUUCACAUGCACCUGUAAUGAACGAAUAAAAAAUUCCCUCACAACUAUAGUCAUAAUAAUAAUAGCCACAACAAUAGAAAUAAUUCAUAGAACCAGAAUCCCAAAAGAAGGUAAAACCUAAUAAUAAAUUUUAAUUGUCUGCAAAUUCAAAAUAUGAUGUGUCAAACAAAAAAAUGAAUGCCUUUAAGUAAGAAUCAGUAGUGUUAAACUCAGAGUAGAAACAUGAAAACGAGGAACUGAAGUUUAUAUUGAAGACGCUGUCUGAAACAUUAAAAAUAUCAUAUUAAGAAUUAUGCCAAAGAAUGUAUUAAUGCUCUGGAGAUUUGAAUACUCUUUUGGAUGUAUAUCUAAAUCAUUAAGAAAAUUUGCUAUGGACAAAGGAAGCUGAUGAUGCUUUGAAAGCUUACUUGGUGGAAGAAAACUAAUUUGAAAAACAAAAAUUAAGGGCAAUCCUUCAUGGAGAGGAAUAGAUAUAGAAGAGAAAGGAAUGGUUAUAUGGAAAAUGA